AUGUGCAGAUCGACGUUGUUGAUAGUGAUUGUGGUGAUUUCGAUAUGGAGUGUGGAUGGAUCUGGGAAGGGCGGUGAUGAGUUUGGUUUGAAGUGGGAUGGGGAUAAGGAGAUGGAGGCAGAGGAAAACAUGACUCUGGAAGGAGAUGAGUCGAAUGAAAAG